AUUGAGCAGUGUAUAAUGUAUCAGGGUGACAUCCAGGUGGUUAAUACCAAUAUUACAAGUUAUUUAUCGCUGCUAUCCUACUAGAAAUAAAAUCGAGUGGGGUGGAACAAAUUGAAGAUGGUGACCAAUACUACAAGUUAUUUCUCCCUCUCCCAUCGAAAUAAACAUCACUUCCUUUAACAAGUUGUAACUUGCGCCGUGCUUCUGUUGUUGCCAGCAUAAACUAGCUGGUAAGGGCUUAUCAGCACGACUGACUGAACCGAAUCCAUUCCUCUCCACACUCGACUCUCGGCUGCGUCAUCAAUUUGGGCACCAGGCGUGUGUCUGUAGCCUCUCCGGUUCAAAGAGGAAGGAAGAUGGCGGACAACAAAGGCGAAGAGGAUAUGGAGAACGCUUCCAAAUUAAAUUCAGAACCACGGGGAGAGGAUAGCGGGGACCCCGAAUUGAAAGAUGUGAAUUCGGUGAUUGUCAUAGAGCCCGAUUCGAAAGAAGGAGAUGAUUUACAAUCCCAAGAGAAUGUUUCUCAGAUGCCUACACCCGCUAACGUCAGUGGAGGAGGGGACGCUAGCAGCAACAGCGCGGGCGCAGGGGGGGCAGGCAGCACAAGCAGCAGCCCAGUUGGGAACACCAAUGGGGGUACAACCGAGUCCUCGGGUGCUGGGGACAUUGCUGGAACCUCACCAACAUUCACAACCGAAAUGUCCCCACCGCCGACGGUUCCACCAGCCAACCCCGUCACCCCAAUAAACCUUAUGGAUACGUGCGCUGUGUGUAAACAAAGUCUCCAGACCCGUGAUUGUGAACCCAAACUCUUACCGUGUCUACACUCAUUUUGCUUGAAAUGUAUCCCCCAGCCAGAGCGACAAGUUACCGUACAGGUGCCCGGGCCGAACGGACAGCCAGACACCCACAUAGUGAAUGUGAUGCGGUGCAUAGUUUGUUGUCAAGACUGCAAACAGAGCGACAUCAUUGACAACUACUUUGUCAAGGACACUACCGAGGCCUCCAACACUUCAGAUGAAAAAUCUGCACAGAUGUGCACCAGUUGUGAGGACAACGCAGAUACCAUAGGGUUCUGUGCAGAAUGUGGAGAGUGGUUGUGCAAGACCUGCAUCGAGGCUCACCAGAGGGUCAAAAUCACCAAGGACCACAAGAUCCGCAAGAAAGAGGACGUCUCUGAGGAGUCUGUAGGUGCGUCGGGUCAGAGACCUGUGUUCUGUCCCAUUCACAAACAGGAGCCCCUGAAACUCUUUUGUGAAACCUGUGACACACUCACCUGUCGGGACUGCCAACUGCUGGAGCACAAGGAGCACAGGUACCAAUUUCUGGAGGAGGCCUUCCAGAACCAGAAAGGCUUCAUUGAGACACACAUGGCCAAACUGCAGGAGAAAAAGACCUAUGUCCACUACUCUCACGCUCACGUGACAAGCAGGCUAAAGGAAGUUACUGAGACCCAUAGGAAGGUGGAGCAUGAGAUCAAGAUAGCCGUGUUUACUCUUAUCAACGAAAUCAACAAGAAGGGCAAGUGUUUACUGCAGCAGCUUGAGAGUGUGACUAAGGAGAGGAGCAUGAAGCUGUUUUCCCAGCAGACAGACAUCGCCAACCUGGCCAGGCAGAUCCUCCACGUGCUCAACUUCACCCACUCUGCCAUUAACAGCGGCAGCAGCACCGCCCUGCUUUACAGCAAGAGGCUGAUCAUCUACCAGCUGCGCAAGGUUCUGAAGGCUGGACUGGAACCAGUGCCUCAGGCUAAUGGUUCUGUUCGCUUCUUCUGUGACCCCACAUUUUGGGCUAAGAAUGUGGUCAACCUAGGGAACCUGGUGAUUGAGAAGAUGCCCCAGGCUCAGCACCCUCCCAACAUUAUGGUGGGGCCCAUCUCCCCGGGCCACGGCCACCCAGGCCACGGAAAACACCCAGGGCAGAUCAACCUGGCUCAGCUCCGGCUGCAGCACAUGCAGCAGCAAGCCUUCGCCCAGCAGAAACAACAGCAGCAGCAGCAGCACCAACAACCACACCAGCAACAACAGCAGCACCAACAGAGGAUCCAGGAGCAGAUGCGUAUUGCUUCCCAAAUGUCCCAGCAGCACCCCAGGCAGGGUGGACCUUCGAUGGUACAGCAACAGCCCCCGCGCCUCAUCAGCAUGCAGGCCCAGCAGAGGGGCCCCAUGAACGGCGGUCCCCUCAUGUACCCCCCCCACCACCUGCGCCUGGCCCCGGGACAGGGCCGCAUGCCCAGCCCCAGCGCCCAGCCACGCAUGCCCAACGGCCAGCAGUACCCCCCCAUGAUGCAACCCCAGCUGCAGAGACAGCAUUCUAACCCAGGUCAUGCUGGACCCUUCCCAGUGGCCUCUCUCCACAACGUGAGCGCCGCCAACCCCACCAGUCCCACCAGUGCCAGCAUGGCUAGCGCCCAUGCCCACCGUGGCCCCGCCAGCCCCAUAGUGGGCGCCAUUGAGCUCAUACCCUCUGUCACCAACCCAGAGAACCUGCCCUGCCUACCAGACAUCCCUCCCAUUCAGCUGGAAGACGCAGGCUCCAGCAGUCUGGACGCCCUCCUGAGUCGCUGGAUCUCAGCCAGUACAUACCCUCAGCUGGGCUUGUGGCCCCCCGUGGACAUGAACCCCUCCCCCGGACUCUCCACACACUCACCUGGCUCCUCAGGCUUAUCAAACUCCCACACGCCCGUGCGGCCAUCCAGUACUUCCAGCACAGGAAGCAGGGGCAGCUGUGGCUCUGCCGGGAGGCCAGUGCCAGCGAGCGCCCCAAUGGAACAGCAGGUCAAAGUCAAGCAGGAGCCCGGAAUCGAGAAGGAGUGUGGCUUCUCAGGAACCACCACCUCCAACGUCAAAACGGAACGAGGGAAGGAUGGAGGGAGGAGCGCGUGCAUGAUGAGUAGUCCAGAGAUCAGCCGGACUCCCCCUCUCCCCGUGCUGGGCUCCGUGGCUUCCGCCUCCUCUGUCCAGGACGCCCUCAAGACGUUGGGGGAGCACGUCAAAACUGAGCCCCAGGACCAGGAGGCCUGCAGCGGGGCCAACGGGCCUAGCAAUGCCCCUAGCACCAGCCCAUCCACUAAGGCCUCAGAUGCCCCGUUGACCAACAGCAAGGGAGCCGGGCCUGCUACCCUGCGAACUCCACGCACUGCAAUGGGGACCAACCAGGGUGGGGCGGGAGGGAAGGAUGAUGACCCCAACGAGGACUGGUGCGCCGUGUGCAACAACGGGGGAGAGCUGCUUUGCUGUGACCGCUGCCCCAAAGUCUUCCACAUCACCUGUCACAUCCCCACCUUGAAGUGCUCCCCGAGUGGAGAGUGGAUGUGCACGUUCUGCCGGAGUCUGGCCAGCCCGGAGAUGGAGUACGAGCCUGAUGACGAGCCUCGUGGCGAGAAGGACACCAGUGAGCAGGGCCUGAGUCCUGAGGACCAGAGGAGGUGUGAGCGUCUCCUGCUGAACGUUUUCUGCCAUGAGCUCAGCGAGGGGUUCCAGGAGCCUGUCCCUCCCUCUAUCCCUAAUUACUACAAAAUCAUCAAGAAGCCCAUGGACUUGACCCUGGUGAAACAGAAGCUACAGUUGAAGCACGUCCAGCACUACCAGAGCCCCAUAGAGUUUGUCUCGGACGUGCGCCUGGUCUUCAGCAACUGUGCCAAAUACAACGAGAUGUCUCGAAUAAUCCAGGUAUAUGAUGAGGAGAAACAGAGUAAUGUGCAGGCGGACUCAGAGGUGGCGCAGGCAGGGAAAGCCGUGAGUUUGUACUUUGAGGAGAGGCUGCUGGAGCUAUACCCAGACGAAAGUUUCCCCGAGGUACCAGAGGAGCCUGAGGCCCCAGUUGGAGAGGAGGCAGAUCUCACAGAAGACUCAGAGGAUGAGUUUGUGCAGCCUAAACGCAAGCGGUUAAAAACAGAUGAAAAGAUGCUUCACAUCAAGUGAGAAUCAGUGUUAAAAAAGGAAAAGGUCAAGAGAAGUGAAAGGAUUUUGUCUUCCUCAUCUGAAAUGCAAGACCUAUUGUACACAUUUACAAGUUUAUUUCAUUUUUGCCUCUUUUACUUAUUGUAAAAUAGAAAUUAAAUUAGUCUGUAUCUGGCAAACUGGACUUUUUAAAGAUAUAUUGGAAGUUCCACUCCUUCAUUUCCUCUGUGGGAAUUUAUGGAUGUUCAAGAAAAUGCUUGUACAGAUUUGAAAGUAUGUUUUGUUUGCAGUAGUCUUUUUUUUUCUAUUAUCAUUUAUGAUAAUAUUUGUGAAACAUGCUUUAUAAAAUAUCCAAAACUCCCAUUUCCACUAUUAAUCUUAAUGUACUAUAAAGUUUGACAUGAAUUACCUAACAAGUAUUUGUAUUGUGUUUGAAAUAUUUUACCUGCUGUAAAUAAGAAAAACCAAAUGAGGAAAAACCAGUGGCUUGUUUGGUCUUUCACCAAUAAAUAAAAUAUGUUCAAAUAUUUACUGUCAA